GGUAAUGUGGCACCCUUUUGGCUAAUGCCCCUUAUCCACUAGAUGUCGUGGUAGUCAUUGCCAAUCAUCAAAUAUACACCAUAACACAAAAAACACUAUCAUUUCCUAGAAUUCCAGAUACAAUGGCUGCCUCUACUCUAUCUUCUGCUACCACUUCACAGCUAUGCUCCAGCAAGAGUGCUAUGUUCUCUUCAGCACAGGCCCUGUCUGUGAUGCCCAGGAGGACCCAGAUGAUGGGAAGGGGAAAGGGAAUGAGAAUCACAUGCCAGGCAGCAAUUCCAGCUGAUAAUGUCCCUGACAUGAGUAAGAGGAAGCUUAUGAAUUUGCUUCUUCUGGGUGCUAUCUCACUUCCCUCUGGUUUCAUGCUGGUUCCCUAUGCUACUUUCUUUGCUCCACCUGGCUCUGGUGCUGGAAGUGGUGGUCAAGUUGCCAAGGAUGCUCUCGGAAACGAUGUAAUUGCAUCAGAAUGGCUUAAGACCCAUGGCCCUGGUGACAGGACUCUCACACAAGGAUUGAAGGGUGAUCCUACCUACCUUGUUGUGGAGAAAGACAGAACUCUUGCCACAUAUGGAAUCAAUGCUGUAUGCACUCACCUUGGUUGUGUCGUGCCAUUCAACACCGCCGAGAACAAAUUCAUCUGCCCAUGCCAUGGAUCCCAGUACAAUGACCAAGGAAGGGUUGUCAGGGGACCUGCACCUCUGUCUCUGGCUUUGGCUCAUGCUGAUAUUGAUGAAGGCAAGGUAUUAUUUGUUCCUUGGGUCGAAACCGAUUUCAGAACCGGUGAGGAUCCAUGGUGGGCUUAGGCUUAAAUCACAAUCCAUCUCUCUCUCGUAUCAUAUCUGUAAUUUGAAAGGUUUCACUUUAUUCUGCCAUAAUUCACAAACAUUAAUCUCUGUAUCAUAUAAGGUUCACCCUUUGUUCAUUCGAAAGCAUAUAAUAUGCAAGGAGAGGACCUAAUUUUUUGA